ACCAUUGAGACAUUAGCUAUACAUCCACCAUGAGCAACUCGACAGACCCUUCCGACUACUGCACCUUGGACAUUUGUCCGCUCAGCGAAGCCUACGUCUACUACAUCCCCUCGCUGGCCGGCAAUGCCUUCUACCUGGCUGUAUUUGUGGCCUUGUUGAUGGCCCAGGUGGGACUGGGCAUUCGAUACCGCACCUGGGGCUAUCUUGCUGGCUUAUUCGGAGGACUCAUGCUCGAGAUCAUCGGCUAUGCAGGACGUGUGCAAAUGCACUACAACCCGUUCAGAUUCGAUCCCUACCUAGAAUAUCUGGUCUGCCUCACCAUCGGCCCUGCAUUCUUCAGCGCAUCGAUCUACAUCUGCCUUGGCCGAAUCGUGGUCAUCUACGGCGAAAAGAUCUCCCGCCUUCGGCCACGGACUUAUACGCUCGUCUUCGUAUUGUGUGAUUUGGUCUCACUCAUCCUCCAAGCCGCGGGGGGCGCCAUCACCUCCAUAGCCGAUGCCGACCAAGCCGAUCUUGCCCAAUCCGGCGUUAACAUUAUGAUUGCGGGUCUAGCAACCCAGGUAGCAUCACUGGUACUCUUCAUGGGUCUCUGUCUCGACUACGCGUGGCAGGUGCGCAAGAACCCACGCGAUCUCAACCCGGAUGUGCGGAUGCGAGACCUGCGCAACAGCUUCACCUGGAAGGCAUUUCUGGGUGGUCUGGUUUUAGCAACCCUCACCAUCUUCAUCCGGUCCGUGUUCCGGGUCGCCGAGCUGAAGGGCGGAUUCCACAGCGCGCUAGCCAACGACGAAGUCGACUUUAUGAUCCUCGAGGGCGCCAUGAUCGUCAUUGCUAUCAUUACCUUGACGGUGCUGCAUCCGGGCGUGUGUUUCGACGGACUAUGGGAUCAGACUAAGUGGAAAUUCCGGGGUGACAACGAUAUGGAAUUGAUGUAUGCGGGCCAGGAGGGCAAGGCGCAUCGGGUUGAGUCGCCGAUGAGUUGAUGAGUUGAUGAGUUGACGAGUUGACGGAAUGAUGGGUUUUUUGGGCUGCUGUAUUUUUGACUUUGUUCUAUCCGCCUUGUGUUUUCUGAUGGCUUUCUCGUUUGUAAUUUGGCCUUUGCUUUUUCU